GACCUCACAGCGACCCCUACCGGUCUGUGAACCCAAUUUUGAGAACCAUGUGGCCUGGAGACAGUUGGUCAGUGAUGUCUCUGGUCCUUUUUAGAUACUCGGCUUUCGGCUUCACAUCGCGGUGAGCUGGAAUGUGUGCGGCGCUGUCAUCACAGUGUUGUCUCGAACUGCCUCGGAGCGUUGUGCGCCGCGCAAUCUCUCCUUAAAUGUCCGAGGAAUCCUGGAAGUGCUCCGUCUCUGCCGUUUCCUUCUGACAACACAUGUAAAGUCAAACCUCCCGGUUGAGCUAUGAAGACAGAGCAAACCUGUGUGGAGACGCCGGCGACUCUACGGGAGCUCAAAGACGUGCUCCAAAAAGAGGCGCACAGAGGAGAGGAGGAGGACCCAGACAAAAAAGACAAAAGCAAUUACGUCCAUUUGGAAUUAAUGGACGUGGACUUAUGCGGGACAAACCCGGAGAAGGACUCUGGCUUUGGCCAAAAGAAAGACCAAAUGCCUGCCUUCAUCAACGGCAGCAACGCCGGAGCUCUGCGCGAAACGGAAGCGGCCAAGCAGGUGGCGAUUAAAACCAAUACUGAAACUAAAACACACAAUGUUUCUGGAGUUGUAAAAUAUGUAGAGAAUGUCAAGGAGGGUCCACCUGAUCCAUCAAAUCUCCCUUGUCUUAACGCAAAGUCGGAGGGUUGCUUCAAAUCAGGAGUCGAGGGUGAGCGCGCAAUGACGCAGUCGGAGGUGUCCAAAAGAAAAGACAACAAAAACCCUCCACAAGGUGAGGGAUUAUACAGUAUUGAUAACUAUUUGAGCGGAAGAAGUGAUGAGGAUAGUGAAGAAGAGGAUGAUGACAUUAGUUCGGUGAUUUGCGACGACUGCGUCUCGUGCGUAACGGAGGAUGAGUCCCAUUAUAUUACCACGCACGAGAUCCAGCUCUUGGAGCUCUCUGAUCACGAGCAGGACUUCGAUCUCGGUGGCGGCUCCUCCACCAGCUGGGACAUCGAGGACGACAACCAGGUGUACUCGUUUGUCGACUACGCCUCGUGUAAUGGUGGUGGGACGGCGGGGGAGAGAGGGGACGCCGUACAGCCUCGAUCAACGGUCGCGACAACAGCAGUCAGCACUCCGCUUGAAAGUGAUCCCAUCGAUGGGGCCAAAUUCACCAGCUCAGAUGAGAGCGUGUCAAAGCACCUGCAGCAGCACCAGCGCAGUGGGAACAGUUCGGGACAGAUCCACCUGUCAAUCAGAACCACGUCUCGAGCUAUAAAUGACCCUGGCAGCAUCCAAGAACGGGGGGGGAUACUGUAUCAUGCCAGGCGCUCCGGGGAUAUGAGUCGCUAUGUGUUGAAGGGGGUUGAUGGGAAGGCAGAGACGUUGUGUGACAGGGCGAAGUGUUUCAUAGCCGCGCCCGGACGCUUGCACUUUGGCUGUAGAUUGACAGGGAAAGAGGUCACCGGGUAUUCCAGCGGUGCAUCCAGCGCUGUCAGCUCCCUGGAUGAGGCUGACAAGGAGGUACGCAACCUGACAGCCAAAGCCUUCAAGAGCCUGGCGUAUCCCUACUUUGAAUCCAUCAAUUUCAGCACCUCUAGCGAGUCUUCGGCAUCAGAGCAAGGGAAAGGUAUAAACAGUUGGGCUACGUUUGUUGACCUGAAAUAUGGCAAUAUGAACAUGUCACGGGGUCUGGACCAAAGUGUGCUUUCCCAUCAAAACUCUGCAGCCUCAUUUGAAAUAGCAAAGAAUAUAAAACAUAUAGGUUGUAAGGGCAUCGCUCUGGCGAGCAUCAAACCGCCCUCCAGCAAGAUAUUCACUCUAAAUGGCGAACCCCACAGCACGUCGUCAGCAAAGCAAAUCGAGCUGACCGGGGCAUUCAGUCAGAGCCACAGCGGAGUGAUUAGACUCACGGAGACUUUGAAUUUCCGUUGCAAUGUCAAAUCAGGAAUGUCUGGAGGAGAAAGGCUCUCUAAGUUUGCACAAAACGCUGCAGGAUCACGUUCCACAGAUGCGGUUACCGACAGGUUGCCAAGUGGCCAGAGGAGAGGGGCCAGCAAGUCGCCUUCUGAAACCAUGGAAGACACGCACAAGAAAGCCGUAUUCGCCUCGAGCCUGAUUAAAAAUGUAAUUUCUAAGAAGAUGCAGUUCGAGCAGGAGCGCAAGAUGGAACGGGGGGAGAUAAGCGAGCGGCAUCCGACGCCCUCCCCGUACCUCGCGCGCCAGGAGAGCGAAGGCCACGGGGAGAAGGGAAGCAAGGAGCUGCGCAGACAGAGCUCCAAGUUUUCCGAGAGCAGCGCCGAGUACGCGAUUGUGUACGUGGAUGAAUUGGGGGACCUCUUGGAAAGCGGCUCGUGUGAUACCAGGAGCGACUCUCGGAGACAAGACGCGGCCGCUCCUGCGCCUCAAACUAAUUUAGAACCGGCCAGUAGGGCUGGAAUCGCAGCUAAAAAAGGCGAGUUGGAAGCGUCCAAAAGUACGCUCCUUCGCAGCCAAAAUAGCGCAUUCAGGUGCUGGAGGGACGAGGAGCUAGAGUUGCAAAAGGAUCAUAAAAACGAUACAACUCCGGUGAGGUUGCACUCGGCUGACGGAAAAGAGGGCGAAGGAGAGCAGAAAUCAGCGGGAAGCGGCAAACUGACGAAAAUGUCACAUUUGUUUGUGCCAAGUAUCCAACUGCUAUCUGGUGACGGAGAAGCCGGGCAGCAGCUGCAGAACAGAAAUGAUUCUCCAUGGGACGGAGGAGAGAUCCAAAGCUCUAACAACACGUUGUACGUCGCAGGCUCCGUGGUAACGUCUAAAUCUCCUGAAAUUAAAAUUAAUUUAAGGAGCGCCAGAGAUAAUAAAAUGGAUACUUUCGGCGUUUCUAAACUACGCGCUCCCAAUAUAGGCUGCAACGCCGCCAGCCUCAUCAGGGCGGAGGAUUUAAAAUGCCAGGCGCUGGCUGCAGCUCUGAAAGGUGAGUCGUCAGAUAAAGUGCCGCACUUCAUGGUCAGAGACAUUCGAGAUAACAAAGGGAAGCUGCAGACGCCCAUCCACCAAGUGAGAGACGUGCGUAAAUUGGUGAAAAGUUCUUAUCACUUUGUCUCUUUAGAAAAAAAUAAAUCCGACAGCCACUUGGAGCAAAAGAAGCAAAUGUCCUAUGGUAAUUAUAAUUCUGUAUCCCCUGUAAUGAUCAAAUGUCAGUCUGUGAAUACAAAUAACGGGAAACAUUCUGUAAAUCUUACCGAGUUAUCCAAACAGGAGCCGUUUGACGCAAACAGGUUGACUUCAGAGGGCGCUAAAAAUGCACAGCCGCAAAGUGCAGCAGGGAGAGCACCCAUGGGGGACACCAGUGAUUCCUCAGUUGGAGUGAUUGGGUUGACAAUUGAAAGCCGAGCGUCUUCAACAAAGCAGGAAACAUUAUUGGAUAUCACAGAUAAGAAACCUGAGUCAACAAUCCCUAACCAGGGGGCUUUGGCAAAGCUGCAGGCUGCAGUGAAAACCAUGGAGCAGCUGUAUAAAUUUGAAAAAAAUGAAUGGAAAAGGAAGACUGAGCCUCAUCUCCUGACAGACAGCCAUGUGCUCUCAUUGAUAGCUGGUGAGGAGCAUGGAGGACUUGAGGAUGACGGCCGGAGAGCAUCAAUGACAGCCAGAACAGACUCCCACCAAAACCAUGACAAUAAUUCACCCCCACUGGGGGUGUCCCCUGGCACCGUCAGCCUGCUGCGGCGAGAGGACAAAGACCUCUCCAUGUUCUUCCAGCAACCUGACAGCCACCGGGACAGGUUGGAUGCAAGGUCAAUUGAAGCUGUGGGUAAAAGAAACAUGUCAAAACCCUCCACUCAAACCAAUUUCAGCAACAAAAGCUUCCUCCCCAAGUCCCCGAAAUUGCCUGUGUCCUUAAAAGUCAGCCGGACAAAGCCAAGUGGAAAGGAAGGAGCUAAAUCAAAGGAGGUUGAGAGGUCCACACAAGAGCUCUUUAGUGUAUCAGCUGACAACGAAAACUACCUAACCAUUCCUGCAAAGACUAAAAUCAGCAGCAACAGACAAGUCUCAUCUGCUGAAAAAACAAAAGCUGUGUACAACCAUACACACCCAAACACUCCUUCAGGACACUUGGGAUCUGGCGCAAGGGGAUUUGACAACACAGGCUCCAGCAUUGUGAUGGACACAGGCUUACCUGAGAAUCCUCCUGCUACCAUCUACCACUCUUUGCCAUUGGGAAUGUCCACCAAUCAGCCGCAGAUGUAUUGCUUCUCUCCUGCAAUCACCCCCGCUCCAACCGUGGACCCCUUCCAGGUCACGCAGAGAAAGAUGCUCCUGGAUCCCACUACUGGGAGCUACUACCUGGUGGACACUCCUGUGCAGCCGGCCACCAAGCGACUCUUUGACCCUGAAACCGGUCAGUAUGUGGACGUGCCGAUGCCACAACCUUCCAUGACCCCGGUGCCCUUGCCGAUCUCACCUUUGGCCCUCAGUCCAGGAGCAUACGGACACACCUACAUGAUCUACCCCGGCUUCAUGCCGACCCCGUCCGUGAUCCCGGCCCGGACGCUGGUGCAGUCGCAGAUGUCGAUGCAGUCAGAAGCGGAGGGCGAAGGGAAAGCUGUGAUACAGCAGGCCGACGGCAGGUACAUGGAGAGUCCCUUCUACAUGGCCACAGGAAAGUCUACCAAGCAGGCGGGCCACGGGGCUCAUCAGCCGGCCGCCACAAACAGGCCGCUGCAGGCUUUUCCCAGGCAGCCGGUCAUCAGCUUCACCUCACAGCAGGGGCCGCGGAUCAUUGCUCCGCCCUCAUUUGACGGGACCACGAUGAGCUUCGUGGUUGAGCACAGGUAACAACUGAUGCUGCGGUGGCUUUGUGUGUGGAAAGGGACAAAAGUGCAAUCAGCUGAAUCAGCUAAAUCAACUCUUACACUGAUGACAGGAGCUACUAACCAAGGUACCACCUGCGCUCUAACUGAUGUUGUGCAAAGCUAAAUAACUAAAUAUAUAUACAAACAACAAUGUUGGCAGUUAUUAGUUUGUAGUUGUACAUAAGUGCCCUCAAUAAUUUGGACCAAAAUGAAGAGGACAGAAAUAAAAUCAACUCCACUGCGUUAUGUAAUUGAAUUUUCCUAUUUAAAUUAUUUAUCACCUUCAAUCAAAUUAAAUAAAAUGUAUUUUUAUUACCCCAAAAUGACAAAAUAUCCUCAGAGGGCUUUACAGUCUGUACCAGUGCGACAUCCUCUGUUCUACAACUCUCUUAUUAGCACAGGAAAAACUGCCCCCCAAAAACCUUUAAUAGAGAGGAAAAAUAUGAAGAAACCUUAGGGAGAAUGGCAGAGGAGGAUCUCUCUGUUUGUUUCCCUUGACUUUUUGUUCCCAUUUCUUCUUAUUCAGUUGACAGUUUGUUGGGCAAUUCUUUUGAGAAGGAGUACAUCAAGCCUGCACAUGAAGACCCUUUACAGGACAAAAUACUACUAUUGAGGGCUCCUCACAUCUAACAAUGAAUUAAAGUGAGAUACUUCAUAAGCAUCUCUGACAACAUGGAUCAUUCGAUUCUGGUCAACUCACAAAAUAAAUGGGUUGGGAGAGAUUGUAAGAUUGUGCACCAUGGUUCUGUGAAGUUCCUUUUAGCUCAUAUAAAUAUAUAUAUAUAUAUAUUCCUGUAUAUAAAUAUAUAUUUCCUAGUGGGGGUAAUAACUGCAUGGGAAAAUGUGAUCUACCGUCCUGUUGUGUACAAUUUAAACAUUUUACAUGUGGAAACUCAUGGAAAUUUAAUGCAAAUAAGUAAUAAGUAGAUGGAAGCGCUUUGUACAAACUGUUUUGUUUCUUGGUUCCCAACAGGACUGAACUCUGAGUGGACGCUGCAGGGCCUUGGCUUUUGGUCUUGAUGUGCUACUUUAGUCAUUGGCUGGAGGCUAUGAAUCAAGGCCCUUUUGUAAUGUGGCUAAUUUUCCUGCAGUUUGACCUUUUCUAACUUGUAUAUGAUGUUUUUAAAUGUUUUUUAUAACACCACACUGUAAAUAAUUGAAAAAUAAUCCAUUUUUAGGCCUUUGCUCUGCUUCCAAUCACCUCCUAAACUAAUCUUUGAUUUGACAGAUUAUGUUGUUUUUUGUGAUUGUAAUUUUACAACACAACUUUAAUGAUGACACAAUUUAGCCUUACAUCUAAAUUAGCUUGAAUUGUAUCAGUACAUCUUCAGUGUUUGAUUGUAUACAGCUUUAAAAUGCAGAAAGGUCAGCAUUUAUGUUUUAUUAUGCACCCGGAAAUAUAAUAAGUAAGUCAACCUUGCUGAAUUCAUUAACAUAAUAAUAUGAAGGCAUGACGUGUGUGUUAAAACUAUACCAUGUACUAUAGACAUUCUGGAGAUUGCUCAUCAUGCAUUUGUCCUUCAUACAGAGUGGAAUGUUCAAUUCAGUUUUUGCUCUGUUUGACAUGUAUUUCUGCGGGCAUGCCUGUCACUGUUAGUAAUUUAGUAUUUUAGCACCAACUUACUGUUUGUAACUUAAAUUGUAUUUAUAAUUGUUCAGAAUCUGGAUCUGCUGGCCAGUCCAUCCUUUCCUUUUGAAUUAACUUUACUGUAUUCAUGCUAGGACACCAGGAAACAUCCACUUGUGAGGUUGUAGUUUUUUCAUACAAAUCAUUGCGUUGCCUUGUUUUGCGGUCUUUGCAGCACUUUGCAAGUCAGACCUUUUUAUGUGCAUUGUUUGUACAUUAAAUGUUUCUCUGUUGUGCAAGAGAGCAAACGUUGAAGUGUAAAUACAAUUUUUGCAGUUCUCUAGUAAGGGCAGAUAUUGUGAUGCAUCUCUGAUUCAAAGCUUUGCACAAAGACCCUCAAACAGAGUGGGGCUUUGAAACAAUGUACUUUAUGAACUAACAGUAUGUGGUGUGAUGGCAAAAGAAAGUUUAGAAAAAGUUUGGAAGUUUAAGACUUUUGAAAUGAGGAAACUUUUAAUUUGGAAUGAAAUGAUGAAGACACAUCAGGGAAAGGUGAUCUGAGAUGAAGAAAUGAAACCUGUUUUAAGUUUAUUUAAUUUAAGUUUUCCAAAGGAAAGUAGCGAUGUCUGGAGGGGUGUUUCAACAGUUACUAAUUUUAAAUGAGUGAAUAUGUAAUAAAUGAAAACCUUUUGCUGA